AUGAGUAAGACGCACCCGCCAGAGCUCAAGAAGUUCAUGGACAAGGAGAUGGAUCUGAAGCUGAACGGAAACCGCCAUGUGUCCGGAAUUCUCCGCGGAUUCGACCCGUUCAUGAACAUGGUCAUCGACGUAAUACUCUUUUCUCCUGCUUAGAAUAUUUGAAUUUAUUCUUGUCUUUCAGGAGGCCAUCGAAUACCCGAAGUCCGGUGAUCCAAUCAGCAUCGGAAUGACCGUCAUUCGCGGCAACUCGGUCGUCAUCAUGGAGCCCAAGGAGCGUAUCGCCUGA